ACGAAAGCUACACACAGUUCACUCUCAAACAUUCUUCUUCAUUUCUGAAGUUCAUCCUUGCAUGGUGGAGGAGAAGCAAUCAUGUCCAAAAAAUAUAAAAUUAAAGAUGUUGAUCGAUGUGAGCUUCAUAUUAUUCAUUAUCUCAGUGAUCCUGAUUAUAAAUUAAGAAUGUUGACAUGUAACCACCCACUUCCUCCGGAUCGGUACAACGAUAGGGUGGAGGAGCAUUUACGAAUUACUAGGUUCUAUCAUGUGUCUCAGAUUGGGAUAGUUCAGUGUCGGAAAGCAUUGGUAAAUGCUCUAAUCGAACGUUGGCACCCUGACACCCAUACGUUUCACCUUCCCAUUGGUGAAUGUUCCGUGACUCUUGAAGAUGUGGCUCUAAUACUUGGUCUUCCCACAGAUGGUCUUCCAGUCACAGGGAUGACAAUGAGUAGUUUUGAAGCCAUGGAGGCGGAGUGUCUGCUUCAAUUUGGGGUUGCACCUCGUAGAGAGGACUGUAGAUCAAGCUGCAUAAAACUGACAUGGCUCCGGAAUCUAAAAGAGAAUUUAGAAUUGAAUGAUGAGAUCAGUAUACAGAGGUAUGUGAGGUGUCACAUUAUGCUGCUGAUUGGGACGAUACUGUUUGGGGAUAAGUCUGGGGCAGGUGUGCACUGGAAAUUUCUACCAUUGCUUCGUGAUUUUGUCAAUAUUGGACAGUAUAGUUGGGGUUCGGCAUGCCUAGCACACCUUUACAGGGCGUUAUGCAGGGCAUCUCGUUAUAACUGUAAGGAAAUAGAUGGUCCACUAACACUGCUGCUGGGUUGGGCUUGGAUCCGAUUGCCAUAUCUAUCGCCGCUUCCUAGAGAACCCCGCAGUUUUCCACUUGCAAACAGGUGGCGUAACUGGGAGCGUGGUGAUCGACGAUAUAGAUAUCUGAAGCUAGCUCACUUUAGGAAGGCCUUUGAUAAACUUCAGGAAGGCCAGGUGUGUUUUAAUUAAAGAAGCAUUACUUUUGGGAAUAUUGGGCUUCGACAAAAC